AUGAAAAUCACCGUUAAGACACUACAGCAGAAGGUCUUCCAGAUCGAUGCGGAAGGCUCAGAUACUGUAGGCGAUUUGAAGAGGAAGAUUCAGGAGACCCAGGGCCAUGCACUCGAAAGUCAGAAAUUGAUCUACUCUGGCAAGGUGCUGCCUGACUCCAAGACGGUGGAAUCAUGUGAGAUCAAGGAGAAGGAUUUCUUGGUGCUCAUGGUCUCAAAGCCAAAGCCGGCUCCCUCUAAUGCCCCACCGGUCACAAGCGGUGCUCCUGUCGCUGCCGCACCACCCGCUGCUGCCGCCCCUGCGCCUGUUCCCCAAGCCACCUCGUCUGCUACUGCCCUUGCCCCUGCCCCUGCUGCCCCUCAGCCACCGAACGCGCCUAUCCUCACUCCUGCUCAGGCUGCACCUAUCGAGGGUGCCGCGCCCGUCCCUGCCGGAGAUGGCUCCUUCCUAACAGGAGAGGCACUCCAGUCAACCGUUAACAAUAUGAUCGAAAUGGGAUUCGAGCGCGAGCAAGUCAUGCGUGCGCUUCGCGCGAGUUUCAACAACCCCGAGCGUGCAGUCGAAUACCUUUUCAACGGCAUUCCCGCACAUCUCGAGCACAUGGCCUCAGCGGCCCCCGCGGCCCCCGCACUGCCCGCCGCACAGGGCCAGCCGUCCGUCGCGACCCCAGCCCAGCCCGCGCAACCCGUAGCCCAGCAGCCAGCCCAGCAGCCGGCCGCUCAGCCCCAAAACCUCUUCCAGCUCGCCCAGCAGCAACAGCAGCAGGCGGCACACCCUGGAGUAGGGGCCGGUCUUGGCGGUGCAGGCGGUGGGGGCUCCCUCGCGGACCACCCGCAAAUUCAGCACCUCCGCCAGCUGAUGCAGCAGAAUCCCCAGCUCGCGCAGCCGAUCAUUCAGGAGCUUGCCGCGCAGAAUCCGGGGCUCGCGCAGGUGCUUGGGCAGAACCCCGAGAUGCUCGCGCAGCUGCUCAGUGGGGCGCUUGCGGGCGAGGGCGACGAAGGUGGCGAUAUCCCUCCUGGGGCGCAGGUCGUGCACGUCACUGAGGAGGAGCGCGCGGCGAUCGAACGCUUGGAGGCACUUGGUUUCCCCAGGCAAGCCGUGAUCGAGGCGUACUUUGCGUGUGACAAGAACGAAGAGCUCGCGGCGAAUUACCUGUUCGAUGGCGCAUUCGAUGACCAGGGAGAGCCGUAA